AUGGCACUCGACCUUAUUCGACACAACGGCCACUGCUUCAUGCAGGUGGCUGGUCUAGAGAUCAGCUUCCUCUUCAAGCGAGCCCACCGAGCUGAGUUUUUCCUGGGAGUUGAGCACAUUUGCGAGCAUGUCAGAGCAACACGUCCACUGGACGAAGAUGGAAGUUGGUGGCUGUCGACUAUCCUUGCAGCAGAGCGUCUUCUAGAAAUCGAGAACAAAGUGCCCUACUCAUCAACGCAAAGCCUUGAAAAGUGGUGGGCCAUCUGCUUCGGUGGAGGACUAAGAGAUAGCGACGAGAACACAGUAGAAGAAGAAGCAGAACUCAGCCUCCGAUAUCCAGCUACUGCCGCCUGGACGUUACCUACAACUAAGAUAGCAGGCGCCGAUUUCUCUGUCGAGGUCCUUGUCGACAUGUAUCAAUCACGACAAGGAUGGAUCAAGUACCACUUGGAGCCAUACGAAUCAACAUACAUCAGCUAUCGAAAACUAAUCGUGAGUGGUCUGAAGCUACGAUCGCUACGCAAGUGGAAAAGCAAGCUCGACACCGUUGAGGUGCGAUAUUGCUUGUCCAAGAACAAAUAUUCCAACAUUCCCGACACGUACGCUGAAAACAGCGAAGAGUGGCUUUGCUUCCUUCAUGGCCUCGAGAUGGCACACGAGCAAGCUCCUCUGGCAUUAGGCAUGUUGGACAUAUCGUUGAACGAACUCAAGUGGUAUAAGAGAGCAUGGGACAUGUUCUGGCAUAUGGCAGUCAUGGUCGAGAAAGGAGUGCCUCACGAAGGUCCACUAAUGUCAGCUAUGAUAGUAGGCCUUCGUGAUAUGCGAGAUCGACAAGAUUUCCUCAAGCACCGAAUCCACGACGCCAGCAAGUACAUGGCAUGCCUCAAGAACGAUCCACCAGUUUGGCUGGAGUGGGACAUUGAGGCAUGGGAUAAGGAGGAAGCAGACGCCUACGACUCAGACAGCACUAUAAGAGGAGGUGAAGCACCGAAGAAGGAGAAGAAUGAGGGUGAGAAGUGGUUGGAAGACUUGCGAAAUGCGUCCAUUGAGUAG